AUGCUUGUGCAGGACUUUCGUCUUCAUGAUAGUACGGUCAAUGAUACUGUUCUAAAAGACAUUCUAGGGGAUACAAUUGAUUUCGAUGGAGAUUUUAUUCUCACUGAUGAUUUUGCUAGUGAACUUAUACUUAAUAAUCAUUGCGCAAAUCAUAUUACUUUCAAUAAUUUUCGUGAUAUUGAUUUAUUUAAUAAAACAAAUCAUAUGAAUGAUUCGAUUAUUGAUACAAAUGUUGAUUCCGACUUUAUACUUAAUUAUGAUUGUGGAAAUCAUACUACUUGCAAUAAUUCUUUUCAUAGUGAUCUAAUUAAUACAUAA